GGGGCGGGGUGGUCCCACCCCCGCGGGCGGAGCCGCGUCCGGUCGACAAGAUGGCGGCGGGCCUAAGGGCGGUGAGGCGCUGGAGGCUGGUGGCGGCACCGCCCAGCCUUGCUUUUACUCGUUCUGCAUUUGUUGUGAAAAAAGUGAAUAAUGCCCAACCGAACUGGCUGCGAGUUGGCUUGGCGUUUGGCACCAGUGCUGCCUUGUGGGCUCUCCUUAUCAAGCAGCACAAUGAGGAUGUAACGGAAUAUGAAAGAAGAAAAGCGAGAGCACAUAAGUGUAAACAAUGUUCAUAGCUGAUGACAUGGUCACAAAGAGACGUGCACUACAGAGCCAAGUGUAUGUGGUUGUUGUCCUAUGAAUAAAUGAGCACAGAAGAAGUAAAAGGUUAUCUAAUUACUUGUAUGUUCAUACAUUUCAUGUGCAUAAUUAAAAAUAAAUUAUAAAGUCUAGAAGAAA